AUGGCUACCUUUGCAUCGAUUCGUGCCUUGGUGCCAAAAAAGGCCUUCACACUAUUUCGACCAUCAAUCUCGCGCACGAUCGCAACCCGGGAAACCUCAUACACUUUAAACACGGGGUACCAAAUCCCCGCACUCGGAAUUGGCACAUUUGGAGACGCAGAUUCCCAGGAAGCUAUUGUCACCCAAGCGUUGAACAAAGGCAUACGGUUCAUUGAUACAGCCCGUGUAUACGAUGUCGAAGUCCAAGUAGGCAAGGGCAUGAAACGCAGCGGCAUUCCCCGUGAAGACGUGUUCCUCGCUACGAAGCUCUGGUGCUCGGACUACCACCCCGAAGAUGUGGAGCGUGCUUUAGAUGACUCCAUCCGUGAUCUGGAUACUCCAUAUGUCGACUUGCUUCUCAUGCAUUAUCCGUGUACCUUCAAGCGAGGAUCUGAUCGGUUCCCUCGCGACGAUGGUGGAAGAAUGAUCUCAGGGGAGACCAGCUAUGUGGAUACGUGGAGAGCAAUGGAGAAGUUGACUCAGUCGGGCAAGGUGAAGUCCAUUGGGGUUUCCAAUUUCAGUAAAGGGGAAAUCGAGACGUUGAUCAAGAAUUCGUCAACUAUCCCGGCCGUUCAUCAAAUGGAAGUCCACCCUUAUCUCCAACAAAAGGGAUUCAACAAUUGGCUUCAAGACAAGGGAAUCCAUGUCGUUCAAUUCAGUCCUCUAGGCAACAUGAAUGAUUUUUACCGGAAAACAGGCUGGAGUAAAGAGAUUUCACACAUGAUGCGGGUGAUCGACCAACCGAUUCUGAAGGACAUUGCCGAGAAGCACAAUAAAAGCCCGGUCCAAGUGGUUCUUGCGUGGGGGAUCAACAGUGGACGCAGUGUUAUCCCGAAGAGUGUGAUCGAUUGGCAGGUCGACGAGAACAUUGCUGCUGAUUUUGAGCUAGAGGAAGAAGAUAUGCUUAGAAUUGCGAGUUUGGACGCGAAAGCGAGGUUCAAUGAUCCUAGUUUGGAUUAUGAGUGGAGACUUUAUUCGGAUCUGGAGGGCAUUGAUGGAACAGUCAGAGGAAAGACCCAUUAG